AACACAUGUUAAUGACGUAUGAGGAAAUGCCCUACGAAGAGCCUUCACCCCAAAGUGUAACGUCGAAAUAGGUGUAUUUUUCCACCUUCAAAUUGCCAUAACCAAUACCAGAAGAAAUGUCAAUUUUCCCAAUAAUUGCUUUGAAGCCAGAAGUUCAUGAUUACUUGAGGAAUGUCUUCAUAAACAAGGAGGUGUUGGCUGCAGUGAGUCAGGGAGAGGCGGAGCAGAGGUUCCAGAGGCUACUCUCCUGCCUGUCCCACCCGCCUGCCUUGACCUGUGUGCGGGCCAGCACUCACCUGGCUCCCCUGGAGGAGAUCCAACAGAGGCUUGGGGAGGAACUCAAACAGCAGCAGAGGUGUGACUCUCAGUCUGAAGACAUUUCCAUUACCAUUCUCCCCCACCCACACAUUCCAGAUGUGCUGCUUCUUCCUGUCAUCGGCCCAAGGCCUGUGGUCCAGCUCAGCUCUGAGGUCAUAGUAGGAGCUCAGUGUGGCAGUGCUGUUCUGAGGGGCGCGCACGUCUUCGCCCCAGGGAUCCUCGCCACACCCAAGUUCAUGAAGACAGGCGAUGCGGUGUCUGUGUUCUCGGACCUGGAGGGGAAGUGCACACGGGGGAACAAGGACUUUAAGGGAAAGAGAGUGUUUGUGGGAAAUGGAGUCGCUGAAAUGGACCGCUCCAACAUCUUCUGCUCAGAUGAACCAGUCAAGGGUGUUGGCAUUCGGAUGGUAGAGCCCCUGUACCAGAGCCCCUCCUUCGACGGGGUACUGCCCAGCCUGGCGUUCCUACAGAACCUCCCAUCAGUGGUGGUCGGUCACGUGCUGGGGCCCCGUCCUGGAGAGCGCAUCCUUGAUAUGUGUGCUGCCCCCGGGGGGAAGACCUGCCAUAUAGCUGCCCUGAUGGGGGGACAGGGAGAGGUAGUGGCCCUGGAUAAGAUCAUAGGCAAGGUAGAGCGCAUCCGUCAGAACGCCAAGGCGCUGCAUCUGGACUGCAUCAAAGCCCACUGCUUCAACAGCAUCAAGGCUGUGUGCACUGACCAGGCCCAGGACACUGAGGGUCCACCCUUCCCUCCACAGAGUUUUGACCGGGUGCUGCUGGAUGCUCCCUGUAGCGGUCUAGGCCAGAGACCCAGCAUGGCCUGUACCUGGAACCUGAAGGAGAUCUGCUCCUACCAGCCUCUACAGCGCAAGCUCUUCCACACGGCGGUACAGCUCCUGAAGAAAGGUGGGAUCCUGGUGUACAGCACCUGCACGGUGACUCUGGCAGAGAACGAGGGGCAGGUGGUCUGGGCCCUUAACACCUUCCCCUGCCUCACACUACAGCCUCAGGAGCCCCACAUCGGAGCAGAGGGCAUGCUGGGAGCUGGCCUGUCACCUGAGCAGCUGCGUCUUCUCCAGAGGUUCAGUCCUGAGUUGGGCUGGAGCGCGGCCGAGGCCAGGGGAGAGGAUGACAGCCCCACAGAACAGCCAGAGUCCCCAAUCCCCCUCGCACACCGAGCCAACAAGGACACUAUCGGCUUCUUCAUCGCCAAGUUCCUGAAGAGCUGACAUGACUAGACUAGCGGUACUCUCCCCUACCUGGUUAGAACAGAGCUGUUCUCCUUGCCUUAACACAUAGCCUGCAAAGAGGAAUAAUGGUGUUUACACCUCUCACUGUACUCGGGCAAGAGAGCAUUUAGAACACACAGGCUCCCUGUGCGGUUUACAAUAUCCACCUCUGUGCCUGUCUGGCUGCAUACUAAAACACUGGGCCAUAUAGGGAUGAGUUGUAUAAACAGAGAGGGGAGGAGAGGAGGGAGGGAUUGAGCAAGAGAAAAACAUUUAAGGGCGAGUAAGGGAGAAAAUGCAGAGAGUGGGUUAGUAUCGGCGAAUGCAGUUCUGCUGCCAUUUGCCCCAUCGCCAUGACAACAGUGACGACACAGCUGACAGCGGAUUUGCUGGCUCUGGGAGCGUAGAUCAGGAAGUAGCGUGCUGAAAGGGGUCACGAGAUAUUAACAAUUUACUGCCUUUUUAGUUAGUGUUUCAAAAACAAGGAACCGGUAUGGUUAUUUUUACAGGAACAAGAUGGUAGGUAUCACACAGCUAUCCCUCAGUUUAUGGUCUCUACAUUCAAACAGAUGUUUUUGUUACUUUACUUAUCCCCUUUUCUCUCAAAUAAAUGGAAAAUAAACUAAAUAUAUAUA